UCCUUUGCACCUCAAAUAAUCUGCAAAUAAUUAAAGCUGUACCAUUUCUUGACAAGUCUAUUCCCCACAAAUGUCUACUACAUGCAUAUUAAUUCUGAACAAGAAAUUAUUCAACUUCAUAUGCCCAAUACAUAAAUGUGUAAAUAUAACUUCUUCCCUCCUUUUAUACCUAUCUCCCAGUUGAGUUCUCACCAUUCUUUGAAUUUUAUAUAAAUGCCUAAAUGCCGUCCUUUCUUUUCCGUAUCCCAACUUUGUUGCCACAGUGAUCAAAUAGACUUUUUAAUUACGGCUUUCACCUCUCCUUAAUGCAAAGGCACUAUAUUUACAUCCUUAAUCCCUCCUCCUCCUGUCUUCUCCUAUCAUUUCAGAUCUCCCCCUCCCCCUCUCAAAUCUCUUACCAUCUCUUCUUUCAGUUAGUCCUGACGAAGGGUCUCGGCCCGAAACGUUGACUGUACCUCUUCCUAUAGAUGCUGCCUGGCCUGCUGCGUUCACCAGCAACUUUUAUGUGUGUUGCUUGAAAUUCCAGCGUUUGCAGAUUUCCUCGUGUUUACAUCUUUAAUUUUAAGUGAUUGCUUGGCUAGAAUGUCUGCCACCUCAUUUCCUUCAAACCAAACAUGGGCAGGGACCCUUUAAGAACUCUAUGUACAAGCCUAAACCUCACAGCCUCAACAGAUGUUGUCCAAUCUCAAUAAGAAUGACUGACCUACGAUUUGAACUGCCUGUUUAAUGUCAAAACAAAGUGAAUCAGAGCACAGAAGUACAUAAUUCUUCGGCCCAUUUCUAUGCUGCAAUCUUAACAACCAUCUCUGACGUGAACACUGAUACAGUACUUUGAUAAUCUUAAUAGUCAUCUGAAACUUUGGAACACAAACAGAAAUACCUUAACAACCUGUCGCUAGAUCUGUAUAGAUAUUUAAGACGAUAUAAUCCUGUCCACGACCAGUCUUUCUGAGCCUUUAAAUAUUCAGUAGGGUUCAGUCCCUGUCCCACUUUCAAAUCUCUUACUAACUCUUCCUUCAGUUAGUCCUGACGAAGGGUCUCGGCCUGAAACGUCGACUGUACCUCUUCCUAGAGAUGCUGCCUGGCCUGCUGCGUUCACCAGCAACUUUGAUGUGUGUUGCUUGAAUUUCCAGCAUCUGCAGAAUUCCUGUUGUUUCAGUAGGGUUCAAUGCGAUUCUUCCCCCACCACUUCAUUCUUCUAAACUCCAGCGAGUACAGGCCCAGAGACUGAAGCACCUUCAAUUACUCCAAAAGACUGAGGUUUGGUAAAAUACUGAAAGGCUAUUAUUCGCUGUACAAUACGACCUCCACAGUGAGUGUCUGCCCCCGGACUGAGGGGGAGGGGCAAGGCAAACACCUUUAUACAGGAUUCUGUUGGGGGAGCCACAGGGGCAGUCAGCAGAGGGGUGUGUCCAGACAGGUAACCGAGUUACAACAUAUAUACAUGGUUUACCACAGAGACAUCAUACGGUCUUCAUACAUUAACCCUUACAUUCACCAGACUAUUUUCAUAAACCUCUUCUGGACCCUCUCCAAUGCCAACACGUCAUUCCUUGAUAGGGAUUUUUUCCAGUUAAUAUUGUACUAAAACUUCCCCAAAGGUUCAUUGGCACAUUAUAGAGUUGUCAAAUUAGAUUCCAGUCGACGUUGCUAUUCAUUAAAGCAAAACUAAUUUAACUUAUUGAACAGUGACAGAAACCGCUUCCGCAAUAGACUCAGAAAACAGUGGCCCAACUGGCUAGACCACAUCGUGUGCACCAGAAAUGUAAGCAUACCCUUGUUACCACGCAAACACGAGCUGCGGUCACCAGCAUUUUUUGUGUGUGUUCCUUGUUGCCAUGAAUGGUUUGUGGAUAUGAUUUCAAAUCGCACCGCUCCCUAUGAGUAUCUGGAGUUGAGAGGGGCUGGUUACUUCCUCCGUGUUCGCGUUUCUCUCGUUCUCGGGUGCGUUUUGUCCUCUGGCGGCAGCCGUCCUCCGCUGGAAGUCGUGAAGAUGGUGGCCGCGGGCUCCGAGUGAAGCGCUUUUCCACUCCUCUUAGCCGAGCUGUCCGCCCGUACUAUCCUCGAACCCCCGGAACACUCGCGAACGCUGUUCGACCAGCUGAGAAGCGGUUGAAGAGCGAGGCGGCGGUCCUGCUACGUAUGCAUGGUACAGCUGCACAGGGCCUUGCAAACCAGGUUGGAGGUGGUAUCAGAGCUGAUACUGUAAAUGAAAUUGCUGCUUCAACCCACCAAAGUCAGGAGCGGUCAUGCUGUAGUAGGAUUUCCCACUUGUGCAAGUCUGGUUAUUUGAAGACAAAUGGUACCCUAGGAGAUCAUCAUCAACUGAUUUCUGGAGUUCAGACGGAUCCUUUCAAAUCAUAUUACAUGUGUAAAUCACUGCGUUACUGUGUAAGCCACUGUCUUUCUGCAGUAAUGACUAAGGUGGAGGAACUUAACAAAGAACCAAAUAUGCAUUCUUCAAUUCGAUAUCUUGGCUACCUAGCAAAUGCAUGCUUGGUGAUAGCCAUUUGUUUGGGCCUAUAUGUCCGGUGGGAGAAAACAGAAAAUAUAUUAUUGCUGGUCAUUUUCAUCCUUGGACUUUUUGUGCUUGGUAUUGCUAGCAUAUUAUACUAUUACUUCUCCAUGGAAACGGCAAGUUUAAGCCUGUCGCAUCUCUGGUUUGGAUUUCUGCUUGGCCUACUCUGUUUCAUAGAUGAUUCUAAAUUUAAGAUGGAUGUGAAAGAAGAAGUUACCAAAUACUUAUUAUUGGCCAGCAUUUUGAUUAGAACUUUGUGGUCUGUCGUUGAGCGAAUUUGUGGAUGUAUCCGACACCAACCUGCCCUGUUAACAGCUGAAGAACUUCUGGAACUGAUUGGAUUUGCCAUAGCCAGCACAGCAAUGUUGAUGCCCAACUGUUUGAGUGUUAUCUUGCUUGUUUUUGCAUUGUCCAUGUUAAUAGUUGAUCUGCGAAUGAAAUCUGUUUUGGCUGUUCCAAACUUGAUUGCAUUUGCAUUGAUUACAUCCCUGUUGUUUUUUCCAUCUUUGAAAAUUACCACUAACCCCUUUGCCUUGGCUUGUUAUUUCAGCCGUUUGAUUUGUGUCCCACUGCUUGAUCUUUACUUCAGUGGUCUAUCUGUUACUGAACGGUGGAAGCCUUAUCUGUAUGGCCGGACAUUAUGCAGAAGAAUUUCUGUAGUACCUGUAGCAUCCAUUGAGCUAAUAUUCUUUAUUCUCGCUGCAUUUAAACUGAGUAAUUUAAACCAUUGGUAUUUUCUGAUACCAGGAUUUUGUAUUUUUGGAAUCUUUUGGCUGAUCUGCCAUGUAAUUUUUCUCAUAACUUUCUGGGGUUUUCACACCAAACUCGGUGAUUGUCAAAAGAUCUACUACACGCAUAGAAUAGAUAAUAAGAGCCUGGACUGUGUUAUGGCAUCGAAAGGAAUGCGUCAUUUUUGCUUGAUCUCUGAGCGGUUAGUCUUUUUCAGCCUUUUAUCUACAAUUCUUCUUGGUGCAGUCUCAUGGCAGCAAACAAAUGGAAGCUUCAUGAGUGUAUUCCUCGUCGUUUUACCAUUGGAAUCCUUAGCUCAUGGCCUUUUCCAUGAACUGGGUAAUUGUUUAGGAGGAACUUGUGUAGGAUAUGCUAUUGUAAUUCCUACAAAUUACUGCAGUCCUGAUGGUCAGCCUACACUUCUCCCUCCUGAGCAUGUCCAGGAGUUGAAUUUGCGUUCAACAGCCAUGUUAAGUUCGAUCCAACGAUUUUUUGCCUAUCACAUGAUAGAGAAUUAUGGUUGUGACUACUCCACCAGUGGCUUUUCGUUUGACACUCUGCAAACUAAAGUAAAAGCAUUUCUUGAUCUGCGUACUGCUGAUGGACCCAGGCAUGACACCUACAUACUUUAUUUCAGUGGACAUUCGCACAGCUCUGGAGAAUGGGCAUUAUCAGGAGGAGACACUUUGAGACUGGAGACUGUUUUGGAGUGGUGGAAAGAGAAGAACGUUAACUUCUGCUCCCGUCUGAUAAUUGUUUUAGAUUGUGAGAAUGCUCUUCCAUGGGUUAAAGAUGUAAGAAGAAUCAGUGAUAUUUUUGUUGCUGUGCAAGGUGCCGAACUGGCCAAACAAGUGAAUAUCGAAGAAGCAGACCUUCCACAGCUUGGUGACUUCACGAAAGACUGGGUAGAAUAUAAUUGCAACCUUGACAACGACAUUAAUUGGUCAGAUAAAGGAAGAACAGUGAAGGCUAUGUAUGGUAUAUCUAAAUCCUGGAGUGACUACACUCUUCAUUUACCAACAGGAAGUGACGUUGCCAAGCACUGGAUGAUUUACUUUCCUCGCAUCACAUAUCCUCUCAUACAUCUGGCAGACUGGUGUGGUGGGUUGAACCAUUUCUGGAUGUGUGAUGUAUGCUUUAGAUGUUUCAAAAGGUUGAAGAUGAGAUGGUUCCCACCUACUGUACUAGACACAGGACAGGGAUUUAAACUUGUGAAAUCAUAAGACAUUGUCUACAUGUGUCAAAUACGUAAGACUUUGUAUUGCACUUACAGGCAUCUAUCCAAAGAGUUUGGUGUAAAGGUUUGUAAAUGUUACAGGCUGUAAAUGCAAAAAAGCUGCUGGUUCAUCCACGCUUGUAUUUCUUAAAUUCAGAUUUCAGGGUUUAUAAGGAUGUAAUGCUUUUUAUGUGUAAAAUGCACUGAGUUCAAGUCCACCAACAAGUAACAUUUUGACAAUAAUUUUGAUGAAAAUAAAUUGAUUUAAAAUGUUAAUUAUGUGGAGGAAAAAAGUUUGGCUGCCAGGUGCUGAACAUGUCAACAUGUCAAUUUUUCUCACAAAAAAUUAUUUCAAAAUAUUACGUUCAAAAUAUGAUUUAAAACUGGUGUUUAUUCUGCAUAAUACAGUCGGCCCUCCUUAUCCGUGGGGGAUUGGUUCUGGGACCCCCCCGCAGAUACCAAAAAACAUGGAUGCUCAAGUCCAUUAUAUAAAAUGGCGUAGUAUUUGCAUAUGACCUACGCACAUCCUCCCGUAUACUUUAAAUCAUCUCUAGAUUACUUAUAAUACCUAAUACAAUGUAAAUGCUAUGUAAAUAGUUGUUAUACUGUAUUGUUUAGGGAAUAAUGACUAGAAAAAAUGCUCAAACAAUGAGUGCUGGAGAGAGAACUUCCGGGUUUUUCCGAUCUGUGGUUAGUUGAAUCUGCACGUGCGGAGCCUGCGGAUAAGGAAGGCCGACUGUAUUCUUUAAAUUUGUUUGUCCAAUUUCAUAUUCUUUGCUCUAACCAACAUACUUUUGGACACCAAAUAAUAAUAGCAACUUGAGGAAAGUAAUUACAAUCAACAGUGAUGUUAAUACACAACCCUAAGAAACCAAUGUGUUAUCAAACCAUGAAGAUUUCAUCAGCUUGUUGUCCUGUGGAAAAUUUGGUUUGUAAAUAAUUUUAUUAUUUUAUUUUAUUUUAUUUUAAUGCUAAUUUUGCAGCAUUCUUCAUUACCCACGACAGCUUUUUGGGAAAAAAGUACUUUUAAACUAAACCUUAUAAUAAAUUUCAUUGGUACCUGAAUUCAGAUGUAACCAGAAACGUUUGAGACUUCCUAAAUUCCAUACGCAAUAAUACAUUGAUGUUGCUGAGUUCAUUAUGAAAACAUUAUCUUGUACAUGACUAUGCAUUGUAUAUAAAAAUAAUGGGGCAUUCUUUUAAAGCCACCUGUUAUCUCAAUCUUUGUUUAUAGUAACUCCAUUUCAAAAUAAACUUUAUUUCUACUACAUUUUUAAGAAUGUUUUCAAUUGAUUUUAUUUGCAAGCAGUUAUUUUUAUUCGUUCAUUAGUCAAAAGGAGAUCUAUAUAAAUGGCUUAAUGGUAUCCGAUGAUGAAUUACAUUUUAUUUUAUCUUGUGCUCUAUUGAUUUGUCAUGUAUUUAUUUUACGCCUGGCACAUACAUUACUGUUUGAGAAUUUAUUUUUGUUGUUUAAAUGGUUAUGUUAUGGCACUUAUAUUGCAUUCAUUUAAUGUCACUAUUCUAUAAGAUCCCUAUUAAAUGAAAUAAUAAUCCAAAAUUGUUUCAACUG